AUGGGAGAUUGCAAUGUGCUGAAUUCAGAAGUUCUAUGGCUUAUUACAUCAUUAUUAUCUUGUGGAGCUAAUUCAGUGACAAUAUUUUCUUGGCAGGUGCUGCUUGUUUGUUUAGUUGUUGUAUCUCUUGGACUUGGACUUGGACUGGGCCUGAAACCUCAGCCAUCUCCUGUUGAAAAAAGAUCUAAGAUCUGGACAUGCACUAAGAUCCGCUGUGGUGAGAUGCGUUUACCCAUGAGCCGCUGUUCAUGCUCUGAUGAUUGUUUGAAAAAUGGUGAUUGCUGCACUGAUUACAAGACUGUUUGCAAAGCGGAAAGGUCCUGGGUGGAAGAUGAAUGUGAAGAAAUCAGUGAUCCCCAAUGUCCAGCAGGGUUUUCUCAGCCACCUUUGAUAUUGGUAUCGUUAGAUGGUUUCAGAGCCGAGUAUUUAAAGACCUGGUACAGUUUACUGCCAGUUAUUAAGAAACUCAAGACCUGUGGAACACAUUCCCAGUACCUGAGAGCCAUGUACCCCACUAAAACAUUUCCUAAUCACUACACCAUUGUCACGGGACUGUACUCAGAAACUCAUGGCAUAGUUGAUAACAACAUGUAUGAUGUUAAUUUGAACAAAUCCUUCUCUCUGCAUGGUGAUGAAAAAAACGAUCCAGUUUGGUGGGGAGGACAACCAUUGUGGCUGACAGCUAUGUAUCAGGGUUUGAAAGCAGGUACCUUCUUCUGGCCUGGAUCUGAAGUGAAAAUAAAUGGAACAUACCCAAACAAAUUUGAGAAAUUUAAUAAAUCUAUUCCAUUUGAAGAAAGAGUAUUCACUAUCCUGAAAUGGCUCAGCCUGCCUGAUUCAGAGAGGCCAAACUUUUAUACCAUGUAUUUUGAAGAACCAGAUGGUGCUGGACAUUCAUUUGGACCUGUUAGUGGCGGAUUGAUUGAAGCAUUACAGUCAAUUGAUCAGAUUUUAGGAAUGUUGAUGGACGGACUCAAACAGAAAAACUUACACAAUUGUGUUAACCUCAUCAUUGUAGCUGAUCAUGGAAUGGAACAAACUUACUGUGAUCAAAUUGAAUAUAUGACUAAAUACUUUGAAACCGUGGACAAUUUAUACGUGUAUAGUGGCCCAGCUGCUCGCAUUCGAGCUAAAAAUGUACCAAAGGACUAUUUGACAUUUGAUUCAGAAGGAGUUGUUAAAAACCUUUCUUGCAGAUUUCCUAACCAACAUUUCAUACCUUAUAUGUCCUAUGAUUUGCCAAAACGUUUCCACUUUGCCAACAACAUUAGAAUAGACAAGGAGGUCCAUUUGUACUUGGACAAACAGUGGCUGGCUGGACGAGAUCCAUUAACAUUCCGCUUCUGUGGUGGUGGAAAUCAUGGCUACGAUAAUGAAUACAAAAGCAUGCAAGCUAUCUUCAUAAGUCAUGGGCCAGGCUUCAAAUAUAAGACUGAGGUCGAUCCAUUUGACAAUAUUGAACUGUACAACCUAAUGUGUGAUUUGUUGCAGAUUACGCCUGCACCUAAUAAUGGAUCUCAUGGCAGUCUAAACCAUCUGCUGAAAAACCCUUUUUACAGCCCUACUCUUCCUAAAGAGGUAUCUGCUUUAACUAUUUGUCCACUCUCCAAAUUGAUUCCAAAUGACAAUCUGGGAUGUUCAUGUAAUGGCUUGACCCUGCCUAUUGAAGAAAUUAAUAAAAGACUCAACCUUACUGCCACGAAAGUUAAAGAAGCAGAAGCUCUUAAUAUGCCUUAUGGAAGGCCCAGAGUUUUACAGAAGGACAACACAUAUUGCCUUUUGUCCCAUACAUUUUAUGUGAAUGGGUAUAGCGCUGACAUUUUAAUGCCCCUUUGGAGUGCAUACACCGUUCCCAAAUCGGCAAAGUUUGUUCUGCUACCACCAGAUAUUUCAAACUGCCUGCGGGCUGAUCCUCGAAUCUCAGCAAACAUCAGCCAGAACUGUUCAAACUAUAAAGCAGAAUUAAACAUCACCUAUAAUUUUCUUUAUCCUCCAAAUCUGAAUAAAACAGAAACUGACCAAUAUGACGCAUUAAUUACUAGCAACAUUGUGCCUAUGUAUCAGGAUUUCAUAAAGAUUUGGCAUUAUCUGCACAGUGUUAUACUGCCGAGGGAUGCCGCACAGAGAAAUGGCAUCAACGUAAUGAGUGGACCAGUGUUCGACUAUAAUUAUGAUGGACAUUUCGAUACUCUUGAAGAAAUUAAAAAGUAUGUCAAGGACACAGCGAUUCCCAUCCCAACUCACUACUAUAUAGUCCUUACCAGCUGUAAGAACAGCACACAGAUUCCUCAGGCUUGUGGAAGCUCACUGCAUGCAAGGUCCUUCAUUUUACCACACAGACAAGAUAACAGUGAGAGCUGCCCAGAUGGCAAAGAGCAAUCCCAAUGGAUUGAAGAGCGAAUCUGGGCUCACACAGCACGAGUGAGGGAUGUGGAGCUCAUCACAGGACUUGAUUUUUAUCAGGAAAGAAAGCAGCCACUCACUGAGAUUUUACAGCUGAAAACAUUUCUACCUGAAUUUGUACCUAAAGUUUAAUUAUUAAUCUUAUCAAAUGUUUUGUUCAUUUGGAACCUUUAAUGUAUGCUUGUUUCUUUUGCUAAUAUUGAAAACUGAUUUUGAGUAAUGUGAUAUAUUUAUAGUGAUGAAUUGAUCUCUUGUUCUCUGUGGAUUUAAAAUCCCAGCAUGGAGCAAAUUCUGCAAAAACUAAUAUUCUGUUUUUUGUAAGGUAUUCUUACUUUGUCCCUCACCUGUUAGGGAACUACCUGAGUCAUGUCAUCAUAGGCCACUCCUAGAUCUUUGCCAAUGUCACUCAAUAACCGACUGUUUGGGAUGUGUUUGUCAGCUCAUGGUGACUACCCUUAGAUUUAGUUUCCUUUUCUUCCUAACAGUGUUUCUCUAAGAUAGCUGAUAGGUGAAUCACUCUUGGGAGACAGCCAAAGAUGUGAUCCAGUGUCCCAGACCCUCUGAUUUUACACAUUAUAUAGUACAACGUGUUUGCCAACUCAUAAGAUCAUUAUUUCCCGGUGUUGGUUUCAAAGUUUAUGGGAUUUAAUUGGAGCUUGUUGCACUAACUUUUCAUGCUCAGUGCCUGAAUAACACCUGAACUAAAUGUGGCGCCACAUGGUUCAGACAACAUAUAGGUCCCCCAGACAUCAGCCUUAAACAUUUUUUGAGUCUUUCUGAAUGAAGAAAUUACUGGAGGCUUCCAGUGGAAAAAUAAGUUUCUGAAUCUUAAUUUAUCUUACUGUGGAGGCAGGAGAAACAGGAGUGCUACAGGCUCUGAAAUACUACCCUGGGCCUGGGCCUCUGUUAGCCCACAUUUGCCUUGCUGCCUCCCAUUUCCUCCACCCAGGACCUAUUUGAGGACUGCCAAUAAUGUUGCUGCAUGCCCAAAUGCCAUUAGCUGCACCGAAAUCCCAAGAAAGUUCAACAUCAUCUUGGCCAAAGCAGUCCAUUUGAUCCGCACUUUACCUACAAGCUUAAAUACAUAUCCACUUCCUCCACUGAUGGACAGUGGCUGCAGUGUACACUAUCUAAAGGAAUGCCCUGCAGCAACUCUCCAAAGCUUAUUUGGCAAUAUCUCUCAAAUCCAUGGUCUCCAUUACCUAAAAAGAUAAGGGCUUAAAGGGCAUGGGAUCAUCACCUCAAAGUCACAUACCAUCCUUAGUUAGACAUAUAUUGCUGUUCUUUCACUGUCGCCAAGGCAAACUUCUACUCAAUAUACCUAACAGCAUUGCGGGAGCACCUUAACCACACAACCUGCAGCGGUUCAGGACUGCCACAUGGCAGCACAUGUACACAUUCUAAAGGCAAUGCUACUUGUGUACCACCUAUUUGUCCCCAUGCAGCUUAGGGUAUUGCUACAUAUUUAAUAACAUAAUGACUCCUAACAAAAUAAUAUUAAUAUAGGAAUUCAGAGAAAGCUUACAAUAUGAACACUACUGCGACUUGGGAGACUGCCAAUGUGCUGAAUUGAUCACAGAAGUCUACAAUAGAACAACACACAAUUCUCUCCACAUCUGACAAUAGAGAAAGGAAAAUCAGAUUUGCAAUAAAGGGCUCUUUUUAUACUGAGGUAUUGGGAGAUAUUCAAGGCCUGGUGGUGAAAAGGGAAGAGCCAUGAGACCGAUCCUGGCACAAGUCAGGACUGCAAUGGAAUAUUCUCCACUUGCCUGAUGGAUGCAACUUCAACAAAACUCAAGAAGCUCAAAAGAAGGAAACAGUCCACUUGGUUGGUACACCAUUCACCAACUCGAAUAUCCACACCCUUAACCAGUGAUGUGUUUGUGGUUGUGGUGUAUACUACUUAGAUGGUGCGCUGUGGCAUUUUCAAGGCGUUUUUGGAAGCAUAUUCCAAACUCGCUAUCAUCACCACUUAGAAGGUAACACUGUCAUCACCAAGUUCCAUUCCAAGUUGCACACACCAUCCUGACUUGCUUCUUCAUUGUCACUGGGUCAAGACCCUGGUACUUCCAGAAUUAUGGGACUAUUUUCAGCAGUUCAAGAAGGCAGCUCAUCACCACCUUCUCAAGCACAACCAGGCAUUGGCAAUAAAUGCUAGCCUAGCCAGAGACAUACAUAUCUGAAGAAUGAAUUUUAAAAAAAAGAAACAGUGUGUGACAAAUUGUACCCUGAUAGAUAGAAACCACUUCAGCAUCAGCCUGAAUUCAGCUUUAUGAUAAUUGAAUUCCUAAAACAACUAUUUGUUGUUUGAUUGCUGCUUGCUAUCUUUCAUGAAUGUGUUUAAAAAAUAAAAUUUUGUAAAUUGCACUGGAAAAUAAAUACCAUCAAUAAAUAAUGCAGACCAUACUUGUAAAA